AUGAGAGUAGCAAGGGUGCUGUCGAUAGUAUUAAUACUAAUAACUACUGCUAAUGCCGAGGGCUUUGUUGAAGAGGUAUCUUGUACUGCCGAUGCUAUCAAUGUGGUUUUAAAUAAGACCGAUCCGGACGUGCAGCGCUGGAUGUCAGAUCCAAAAGCGCAGCCGGUUGUUUACGUGUACGAGCACAAAACUCGUCCGCCAUGCGGUACAGCAAUGAAAAAAGGAAAUUCGGUUAAUUAUAAUUUCACCAUUCCAUAUGGCGAUCACUGUGAUGUACAUUUAACUGAUUUGGAACCAAAUUAUCGUAAUGCUGAAACCACAAUAGCACUUGAGAAUAAUGCAGAUAUUACGCCAUCGAAGACUAUACGUGUUAAUCACGUAUUUUGCCUGUAUACGAGAAGUGUGCAAACUAUACGAUUCAAUGACAUAUCCAGUGGUCAUGAAGUGGUUGCAUCAACUGGCGGAAAACCAAAGCCUAAAGUUGAAAUGAUUUUUCGUAGCAUUGAUGGAAGGCCUCUGCGAGCUGCUAAAUUUGGUGAUAUCGUUGAGUUUUAUGUCGCCCUUUCACCAGACAAAGCUUAUCAUGGGAUUAGCCCCAAAGAGUGCAUGUUUUCUGAUCGAGAGGAUAUGUCAUCACCUGAUGCAAAGCAUUUGACUUUUGUCCAAAGCAGCUGUCCGGUAGAUGAAAUGAGUGAAAUCAUCGAUCCGCUGGCAAACGUCAAUGAAGAGGUAUAUUUUUCGAAAUUCAAAACCUUUCGUUUUGGUAAUCAAUCGACAGUAUUUGCUCAUUGUACCGUCCAAGUAUGCCUCACCACCGAAGAAUGUGCACAGAAAUGUUUCAAACGAAUCAGCAAUUCGAAUUUAACUGCUGAACGAUUACGUUUUCGCCAUAGACGUCAACUGGAAGAUGAUUAUGAUACUACAGUAUUUCGUAAACAAAAUGCUAUCAAUGAGAUUGCAUUGACACGUCCAUUGACUAUUUUGGAUGAUAUGGAAAGCAAUGAAGUAAAUGGUAAGAAAGUGGAGCAAUGCCUUAUCAACAGCGCUGUCAUACCAUUGCCAAUUCUUAUCCUCAUCUUAUCACUCUCAAUGUUAUUAAUUACUUGCUUCACUGGACUGGUGUUUACUUUGAAACGAUUAGCUGCUUACAAAAAGCUUGCCUCAUACAGUUUUGGCAUAUACAGUGCUUAUUCCGGACCAACAGCGUCACUUCCAAUACGAUCUCUGACUGAUCCAGCGGUACGUAGUUUAUCUAAUAACGGUAAUCGAACAACUUGGAUGGAUCAAUUGUCGACACGAAUCGAAUAUCCGUAUGUUCGAGAAAUGUACUGA